AUGACGGUACGCGUCCAAUCCGAAGUUCGAACGGUGGUUCUAUCAGAUGAGGAACGCCAAAAUGGAAAAUACUCUGAUUUUUCCCUCCAACAAGCUCUUGAGGCGAUGCACCAGGAUGGCUUGGUCGUGCUAAAGGGGGUUGUCGAUAUAAAUCACAUCGAAGCUCUGAACCAGCGGAUGAGUGCGGAUGCCGAGAAGAAAAGGGAUGACCCCGAGCAAGUGUACAAUCAUUCAGUGAAAUCAAAUUUCCUACAGAGACCACCUGUCACUGAGCCAAAUCUCUUAUACGAUGAUAUCUACUACAACCCCACCCUGAAAAAAACAAAGCUAAUAGUCUACAUCAGCUAUCUUGGCCACAAACCAAUCUGGAACUGGCUAACAGCCAAUACCGCUCUCGCCAACACGGGAGGAAUGCGCCAGGCAGUCCACAAAGACAAUGCCUUCAUUCAUCCCCAAUACCCAUACUACUUCAUCGCAAACAUACCCCUAUGCUCAACCAGUGUAAAUAACGGUGCCACUGAAUUCUGGCUCGGGUCCCACGCCCACACAUCAAAUCAUGACCAACGCGUCGCCACUAAGCCAGAGGAGAUCACCGCGCAUUAUCUACUUGGAGAACCGCUUCCAGCUGUGACGGAAGAAGCGCAGGAAAUCCGACGAUCGAUUCGUCCUCCUAUCCAGGCGACAUGCUCUGCGGGAGAUAUCAUGAUUCGUGAUAUUAGACUCUGGCAUGCGGGUAUGCCUAAUGAGACUGAUUCUCACCGGAUCAUGCUUGGACUUGGGUAUCAGAACCCUGUUUUUCCUAAUUCUAGCAUGAUGUGUCAUCUGCCUGCCUCACAGCGGAAAUUCUUUGAGAAAGCUCCUGGGAAUUUAGAGGUUCGCGCCAAGUUUUACGAGGAAGAAGAGUUCGAAAGAACGACCUUGGAUUCUGUAUUCAACCUGAGACCAGUCUAUUCAAAGUGA